AUGAGCACCGACAAUUCGCAAAAGAAUGAAACUGUUCCACUGCUUUCUCCUUACUCCAGUAGCCCUCAACUCAGGAAAAAGAAGCGUAAUCCAAAAGGAAAAAAGAACAAGUUUGUUGGCCACUUGAAAUCAGACUCGCGUAGACCUACCCAACUUCUCCAUGAUAGUGUGCAACAUGACCACGGUCAGGUUACAGAUUUUGACCAGAUUGAUUCCUGGGGCAUGCUGCAUGAAUCGGACUCUACUAAUAAUGACUUAGUAAGAAGUGGAGAUCCCUCACUAAAGGGUGCGUAUAUUGACCACAGACCCUCAAUGAGCCAACCGAGGGAUGGAUCACAAAGUGCCUCAAGUGCUGCGCGGCCGCAACCGAUUAUGAAGUUCUCAACCCCCAACUAUAAGAAGCCUACAGGGAUUUGGCCCUCUGAUCCUAACAGAUCGUUAGUAUCUGAUCUAUCUCCUUCGGAAUUGGAAUCAUGGCUGAAAAGAAGAAAAUCCGUUCAAAAAGGUGCCGAAGAAGCUUUGCCUGCGGAUAGAAGACAGUCGAACGCAAAUAAUGAUGUUGUGAUCGAUGUAGAUGCGUUGAUGAACCACGUUCACAACAGUACAAGCAACAGCGCUGCCGAUAACACCAAGAAGAAGAAGAAGAAGAAGAGUUCUGACGACAACAGCAACAAAAACUCAAAAUCCUCGUCCAGUGACUCAAACGUCGAAGAAGACGAGUACAAUUCGAGACCAUCCUCCAGUCUUUCUUCAAAUAAUUCCUCAUUGGAUGAUGUUUGUUUAGUUCUCGAUGAUGAGAGCAGCGAAAUGUCGAAACUCUGGCCAGAUUGUACCAUCUUAGAAGAGUUCUCCAAAGAAGAAACUGAAAGACUCAGAAGUCAGGCUAUUCAAGACGCAGAAGCAUUUCAUUUUCAAUAUGACGAAGACGAUGACGAUGGUACGUCGAAUGAAGAUGGGAUUCUUUUUUCAAAGCCCAUCGUGACCAACAUUGAUGUCCCUGAAUUAGGUAACAGGAGAGUUAAUGAAACAGAAAACUUGAAAAAUGGCCGCUUAAGACCAAAAAGAAUUACGCCAUGGCAUUUGAUCCAACGUCCAACGGCCCUAGGGUCCGGCCCGACCAAAGACUCAAAAUCAAGAAUUCAAAACGGACUACAGGACAAUUUACUGGUGGGGAGAAAUAUUCAAUAUCCUCCACACAUUAUUUCCAAUAAUCCAGAACACUUUAGAUUUACUUAUUUUAGAGUUGACUUGGAUUCCACCGUUCAUUCUCCAACAAUAUCUGGGCUUUUGCAACCCGGUCAAAAAUUUCAAGAUUUAUUUGUCUCUUCUGUGUAUUCCCAAGAGAGCAACGCCGGUCAUGUCAAGACUCAUCCAAAUUCUCCGACGCCUGGUAUGAAAGGGGAAAGUUCAUCUCAACUUCAAGGAUUGAUUAAUAAAAAUCCCUCUACAUUAUCAGGUAUGUCUGUAGCAAAUAUGGAAGAUAUUCCUCCAUUUUGGUUAGACGUCAGUAAUCCCACUGAAGAGGAAAUGAAAAUAUUAAGUAAAGCUUUUGGAAUUCAUCCCUUGACCACAGAAGAUAUCUUCUUGGGAGAAGUUCGUGAAAAGGUGGAACUAUUUAGAGAUUAUUAUUUGAUUUGUUUCAGAAGUUUUGAUAUUGUAGCGGAAAAGCAUGUUCGUCGCAGAAAAAAAGAAAAGCAAGAAUCUGCUACGCUGGACCACGAAAGUAUCUCACGCCGUAAAUCACAAGCUUAUGGUGCCACUAUGUCGAAUGAUUCAAAUGCUAACAAUAGCAAUAACAAUAAUACCAGCAGUGCUAAUAGAAGCAAAUGGCUUCCAUCGAUUUUACGUUCCCGCCGUAGGUCAUCUGCGAAUAGAACGACAAACACAUCAUCAUCAAGUUACAAGCGUCGUGUCAAGAGUGAAAAAAAGAAAAUGGAAGAAAACGAAAAAUUCAAAAGAAAAUCAGGAGAUAGGCAUAAACCACGUGAAGGAGAAUUGGAGCCAUUAAAUGUCUACAUAAUUGUUUUCAGAACAGGUGUGUUAACAUUUCAUUUUGCACCUACACCGCAUCCUAUCAAUGUUCGUAGAAGAGCAAGGUUAUUGAAAGACUACCUGAAUGUUACCUCAGACUGGAUUGCAUAUGCGUUAAUCGAUGAUAUCACAGAUGCGUUUGCACCUAUGAUAGAACUUAUCGAGGAUGAAGUUUACGAAAUCGAAGACGCCAUUUUGAAGAUGCAUCAAUCCGAUGAUUCUAGUGACAGUGACUCUAGUGAUAGUGAUUCCGAUUCCGGUGGCAGUGAUGAAGAUGCAUUCCCAUUCGAUGUUUACUCUAAGAAAACGUCAUAUUCUAGUGCUAAAUCAAGCGCGAGUUCAAGAAGUACAAGCUCAUCUGAGACAUCGUUCAAUGCAAACUUGAUUGGUUGGAAAAGAAAAGGUGACAUGUUGAGGCGGAUUGGUGAAUGUCGUAAAAGAGUGAUGAGUAUACUAAGACUACUGGGUUCCAAAGCAGAUGUGAUCAAGGGAUUUGCCAAGAGAUAUAACGAACAAUGGGAAGCUUCGCCACAAUCGGAAAUCGCUAUGUAUUUGGGCGAUAUCCAAGAUCAUAUCGUAACCAUGGUGUCAUCGCUAAAUCAUUAUGAAAAACUUUUGAGUAGAUCGCAUUCGAAUUAUCUUGCACAAAUCAACAUCGAUAUGACAAAAGUUAACAACGACAUGAAUGAUGUAUUGGGGAAAAUUACCAUUUUGGGUACUAUCGUCUUACCAAUGAAUGUGAUCACAGGUUUAUGGGGUAUGAAUGUUAUCGUGCCUGGGCAAUAUAGGGAUUCAUUGACAUGGUUUAUGGGCAUUGUACUUUUCAUGUGUAUGCUAGCAUGCUCUGCAUUUGUGUACACAAGGAGAAGAUUUGGGUUAUAG